AUGCACGAGUACCCUGUUACUACCGAGUUACAUAACCAAUGUGUCAAUAUCAUUACGCGUCUUUUCAAUGCGCCGCUCGGUGAAGGCGAGGCCGGGGUUGGUGUUGGUACGGUGGGAUCGUCGGAGGCAAUUAUGUUGGCCGGAUUGGCUUUUAAGAGACUAUGGCAAAAUAAGCGUAAGGCGCAAGGACUUCCUUAUGAUAAAUCCAAUAUCGUAACCGGAACUAAUGUUUGCUGGGAGAAAUUCGCAACGUAUUUCGAAGUGGAGCUUAAGGAAGUGAAGCUAAGAGAAGGGUAUUACGUGAUGGAUCCUCAAAAAGCAGUUGAAUUGGUAGAUGAAAACACAAUCUGUGUCGCGGCAAUCCUUGGUUCGACGCUAACCAGAGAAUUCGAAGACUUGGGAAACGCCGAUUCACGUGGACGCAGCGAGUGGUGGGUUUAUUGCACCGUUCUUGUAUCCGGAGCUAGAAUGGGAUUUCCGGUUAACUUUGGUUAA